CUUCACACACUCACACACAGAUAGACAGUGACAAGUUGAUAUCUGCUUUUUUCUGCUGAGAUUAAAGACGGUGGAAAGACCAACGAGCUGAUUGUGAGACUUUGAUUCCAGGCAAAGGAUGCUUUGUGAAGGCAGAUUGUUUAGCAUGACCUUCGGUGAAUCGGAGGAGCCGGACUUCCUCCCUCCUCAGAAGGUUCUUCAGAGUGCUUAUGGGCAGCCGAGAGCAGCUGCCACCCUCAUGUCAGGCUCCGCUACGCACGCCCCCCCCAUUCAUCGUACUUCCCCCGAGCCGAUAGGUAGCAUGGAAGACAGGAGGACUUCAGUGGAGAUGAACACCCCCCCGCCACUGUCCUGCUCUCUCCACUGGGACCCUCUGUGCAGACAGAUCUCUGCAGAGAUAGAGAUCCCAGCUCAGGCUCGCUCAGGUAGCGAUGCCCCUUUCCUGGUCCCCUCCUUCUGUCAGAGCAUCUGCCAGAACUACAGUGACCUCCACAUUGGAGGUGACCAGGUGCUGCCUCUGUCAGCGAAUGAUGGUAAGCUGAGGCUCUGCACUGACGCUCAGCCUCCUGGCCCCUUCCUCCAGUCCUGUGAUGUCCCCCCAGCUGUGGAGGAUUCUCUCCCAGGACAGACAUCUCAGGGUGGGCUUCUGUGUCCAAUGAGGGGAGGAUGGAGACAGGGUAGUGCCCGUGAUCGGAGCUUUUUAUUCCAAGGCCGAGAUGGGCCAUUCUCCAACUCCCUUCUAAAUCGCUACCUGGAGCAGAAACUAUUGGAUCUGUACCAGCAAUAUACAAUGGAGAACAUGGCGAGAGAUGAAUCUGACCAAGGCCCCGUUUGCCCUCUGAUGGCGUCAGAGUUGGUUCUGACCAGCCUGGACCAGAUCACCAUGAAGCUGAGUCGCGAGGGGAACCUGGAGGCCAACCUGGCCAAGGACAUGGUCCUGAGCUGCCUGCUGCGGGUGGCUGGUGACAUGCAGUCGAGUGAGAUCAGUACACCCGUCCUGCAGAUUUCAGACGAGGAGUCCAGGGAGCAGCUCACGGAGAAUAAGGAGGAGUAACCGCAAUGUGACGAAACCAAUUCUCCCUUUCAUUUUAGACACCAACACCAAACAUAAGGAUGAAACUGAUGAUACUGAUGAAAGGAUGUUUUUGCUGAAGUUUUGCUGUAGUUAUGUAUCAUAAUGUUUUACAUCUGUCAUCUAAUGUCUGUGUGUUUUCAUUGUUACAAUAAAGACAGGAAGUGAAAUUCGAAA